AUGCACUCGCUUUUUGCCAGAAUUAGUGCGUUGUCUGCGCUUACGGGAUCCACAAUGUCGGCAUUAAUGAUUGCAACAUUUUUGUCUACUGUUUUCAUCGAUAAAACCGUUCCUGCUGAAAUGGGAGCUAGUAACGUUUUUGUGCAAGUUGCUGAGGAUCUUACUGCUUCAUAUCCAACUCGAAAUGAUCUGGGAAGACUUCGAUUGGAUAUUCAAGCUGAUGUGUCCUCUUUAUUUAACUGGAAUGUAAAGCAACUCUUUAUAUUCCUCGCAGCAGAAUACAAGACACCAACUAAUGAAGUAAACCAAGUGGUUCUUUGGGAUAAAAUCAUUCGCAGAGGUGAGAACUAUAAGAUUCAAUACAAGCGGAUGAAUGGAAAGUACCUCUUUUGGGAUGACGGCUUCGGUCUUAAGAACAAUGACAAUGUUACGCUCAAAUUCUAUUGGAAUAUAAUUCCAAACGCUGGUUUUAUGCCUCUAAGGUCUAGUGGAAGCCAAUUCGUAAUGUCCUUCCCUUCUAAAUAUCAAGAACGAUAA